CGUGUGACGCCUCGUGUUUGACGGGUUGGUCUGACUCCAGUUAGCAAACUAGGACCAAUAGACUCUUUUAAAACUGUUAUCAGCGUCUGCAGUUCAACCGGUGUUACAUGUAAUACACUGAGCUCUGCACCAGCUGCCACUCGCAUUACUCAGUUAUAGCUUUGUCUAUUGAGGGACAGACCACUGUACAGCAUGUCCUCCCAGGGAGAUGGAGCUGCAGAAGAGGGCCCUGAAACAGCCUCCACUGAGAUUGAUGCCACCAGUGGGGACAUCAUCACUGUCACCAUUGGAGCAACCGUGCCCACUGGGUUUGAACACACUGCUGCAGAGGAGAUCAAGGAGAAAAUUGGGGUUGAUGCAAGAAUUAGCAAAGAUCGUGGUCGUGUAUUCUUUCCAAUAACCACUGACAAGCUAUUCCAGGUUCAUCUUCUGAAGUCUGUGGACAACCUGUUUGUUGUGGUUGAGGAAUAUCACCAUUACCAGUUCAAGGAAUCAAAGGACGAAACAUUAAUGGAGUUGCAGCAGCUCGCCUCCAAACUCCCAUGGACUAAUGCCCUAGAGGUCUGGAAACUAAAUGGCACUCUAAAAAAGAAGAAAGGCCACCGGAGAGGAGGAAAUGUCGCUAAAUCAAAGCCCAACUGCGAGACCGGUGAUGUAACCGUGGCUGACACUGAGCAGCAAGAGCUACCUCAGGCAGUGUCAGCUGCUGAAGGCCAGACAGGGGCAGAGGACACACAUGGCGGGGAGACCUGUACACAGGACUCAGAUGAGGCAGCACCCGGGGCCAAACUAAUCAAGUUUCGUGUGACGUGCAACAGGGCCGGUGAUAAACACAGCUUUUCCUCUAACGAGGCAGCCAGAGACUUUGGUGGAGCCGUACAAGAAUUCUUCCAAUGGAAAGCAGACAUGACCAAGUUUGACAUAGAGGUUUUACUAAACAUACACAAUGAAGAGGUGGUGAUUGGCAUUGCACUCACAGAAGAGAGUCUUCACAGGAGAAACAUCAGUCACUUUGGACCCACUACACUGCGGUCUACCUUAUGCUAUGGCAUGCUCAGGCUGUGCAAACCUCAGGCAUCUGAUAUAAUUCUUGAUCCAAUGUGUGGGACUGGAGCUAUACCACUGGAGGGGGCCAUUGAAUUCAACAGUUCGUACUACGUUGCCGGUGACAACAAUGACAUGGCAGUUAACCGCACAGUCAAUAAUAUAUGUCACAUCCAGAAAAGGAGGGCAGACAAGGGCAGUGUGUCUGGAUUGCCCAUUGACACAGUGCAAUGGGAUCUGUGCAAUUUACCCAUAAGGACCAGCUCUGUUGACAUUAUCAUCACUGACAUGCCCUUCGGGAAGAGAAUGGGCUCCAGGAAGAAGAACUGGGACCUCUACCCCUCUUGUCUGAGAGAAAUGGCCCGUGUGUGCAGACCAGGCUCAGGAAAAGCUGUCCUGUUGACACAGGACAAGAAAUGCUUUUCCAAGGCUAUCUCCAGGAUGGGAGGACUGUGGAGGAAGCAGCACACUGUUUGGGUCAAUGUCGGGGGUUUACAUGCAGGAGUCUACCUCCUCAAGCGCACCGGGGACGUGUUUGGCCAAACUCCUGAGGAUGUCUAUGAAUCACGAGGAACAGUUAAUACACAGGAGAAUGAGAAGGAUGACAAGGAGCUCUCUUAAUUCACCUCCUGCAUUUAAAUUCUGAAUUCAUAUUUGAGGCUAUGUAUGAUCGUCAUUAUUUAUUGUAUUUUUGAAGAUUUAAGUUCUUCUUAAUUCAGGUUUUCUGCUCAACCGUGCCAAGCAGUUUUAAUGUCUACUUUUUGUAUUUCUCAUUUGGUUUAAUGUGAUAAAUGGCGAACUGGAAGAAAGAAGCUAUUUUCAUGUUCAGCUGCAGUUCAAUGGUUCUCACACUGUUUUCACUGAGGUUCAUUUGUCAUGCUGCUGUUCAGAAACCUCUUAAAUCUGCUGUGUCCACUUCACAGGAACUGAACAUAGGCAUUUGUUCUAAUCAAUAAAGGUUCAAACUCA